AUGGCCUCACAGCACCUCAGCCAGGACGAGUUCUUCGACAAACUCGGCCACCUCUUCAACCACAGAAAAGGCAGCGACCAUGGCGCCAUAUACCUAACCCAGAAACGCCUCACAUACGACCCCGCCGAACAAUCAACAACGGCAAAGCUCUUCCCCGACCUCGCCCCCAAUAAGCCCCUCCCCGUCCUCGUCCGCGCCACCAACGGCAAGUCCAAGCGCGACGCCCGCGCCGGCAAGGAGAAGCUCUCCGUCGUCGUCCAGCCCCACGAGCUCGACGCCUUCUACGCCCGCUACGCCGACGUCUGCAAGGCCGGCAUGGCCGCCCUCAAGCCCAGGGACAAGAGCAAGAAGAGGGCCAAGGCGAAGAAGAAGAAGGCCGCGUCAUGA